AACCCCGGGCCACCGAAGCAGAACGUGCGAACUUAACCGCUGCGCCACCGGGCCGGCCCCCAAGGGCCCGGAUUUAAAGUGUGAUGCACGUGUGUGAAUGCAGAGUCCUGACCUGAUUCGGUCCUGAGCUGGUGCCUUCAUUUGGCCAUGUUUAUUAAGAGUCAGCCAGGUGCCAGCCCCUCCGCCACUUACGUGGGACAGACAACAGUGAGUAGGACCAGAAGGCCUGCAUGUGGCAGAGUUGAAUGGGGAAGGAGGGGAUGGAAAAUGAUCAAAUCCACCCUCCAGGAAAUAAACGGUGAUGUGAGAGCAAGCAUCACGUGGUUGGGGGGCGGGGCCCUAUUGGGGGUGGUACCAGAGGGCCUCCCUGAGGGAGUGGCCUUCAGACUUAGCCUUGAAUGACAUCAAGGAGCAGCCAGGCAGCGAUCCAGGCGAAAAGCAGGGAUGAGCGUGGAGUGGCAGGAGUGCGGUGAGGCCAGGGAAGGGGGGUCGGGCAGGAGGUGAGGUUGGAGGGGCUGCAAAGGCCAGCCUUCUUCAGAAAGACAAGGUAGGACCAACCCAGUCUGAUCUGCCUGGGACUGAGAGGGUCCCAGGACACAGGACGGUCAGGGCUAAAACGUCCCCAGGCAAAUCUCUUUCUUUCACAGCUUUACGAAGAUAUAAUUCACAUACCAUACAAUUCACCCACUGAGAGGGUACAAUUCAACGGCGUCUACCAUAUUCCAAGUUGUGCAUCCGUCACCAGUCAAUUUUAGAACAUUCCUAUUACCCCACGAUGUUUGGGAUUUCCCCUGAGGACAAUGGGGGCCAAGAAUGAGUCCUGAGCAGGGGAAGGAGAGGACCCCUGCAGCUCCUGGCGGGGAGGAUGGAUUGCAGGGGUGGAGGGAGGCGCUGGGAGACACCGUGAGGAAGCAGGACCACCUGUAGCUUCUCACCCUGGGAGGGGAGAGUCUGUAGGCGUGCCACUCCGCACUCUACUUGGUGAGGUUGACCAGGGGCUUCCGCUGUUAAGGGCUGAAUGGUGUCCUGAGCCUCUUCCCCCCAAAGUAUGUUGGAAUCCCAACCCCUAGUACCUCAGAAUGUGACCUUAUUUGGAUAUAGGGUCGUUGCAGAUGUAAUCAGUUGAGAUGAGGUCACACUAGAGUAAGGUGUCUCUAAUGCAGUAUGACUGGUAUCCACAUCUUAAGACAGCUCGAUUUCAGCCUUCAGACCUCCAGAAGUGUAUGACAAUAAAUGUCUGUUGCUCUAAGCCAUCCGGUUGGUAACACUGUGUUAAGGCAGCCCCGGGAAAUGAAGACAGCCGUGGAGGAGCAGGACAUCACCUCGACAUCGAGGACUUCGGGCUGCGGAGAGCGAGUGAACGUGGGCCCCCGAGUGGGGAAGGGCAGCCUGGGGAGGGGGACCAAGCUUUGUGCUUGGCCCGGGGUGGUGACAGUGCAGCCGGUUUAUUCCAAGAAGAAAUGUCAACUGCUUUCCAGAAAGGCAUCUUGGGGAGGGGAUGGGGUGUAGGUGGGGUCCUGCCAGUGGCAUCCUCUCCCAGGGCACUGAGGGGCAGCCGUAGCUGCUCAGGGGAGGGGGCGGGGCUUUCCUCCCGGGGUGAAGGAUCAAUGCUCAAUUUGGCAUUGGUGUCAAAGAGACAGGAGUGCCCAGACCUUCUUGUUUUGGGGUCCGUGGGGGGCAACCAGGGCCAGGGCCAGUGAGGGAGGGAGGAGUGGCCAGCAGAGAGAGAUGGAGCUGGGCUGGCCAGUGGUGCCUCAGGGGUCCUCGGGUCCAGCUCCCUCUUCCCCCACCACCUGCAGAUGGCAACCGCCUUUCCAACAGGGUGAGGUCCCAGGUACUGGUGGGCAAGCUGGGCGGCUGCGCCGCUUCCCACUGGUGAGCAGAAGACCCCGCCCCAGCUGCCGUUGGCUGCCCUCUCCAAUGAGACCCAGCCAGUCCCUGCUCCCCACUGUGGGGACACUGUUCUGGCCCACUACUGCACCCCACCUGAGAGUUCUUGGGGCCCAGAGAGUUGUGCUGGGCCAGCAAAGUCCAAACCCAGGUCACCUUGCCUCCCACUCCUCCAGCAGCCCCAGCAUUGUGCUGCAAAAACAAUUAUCUGGAUCAUCUUUAUGGGGCUUAAGCCUGGGUGGGAGCAGAUGGGGCAUGAGCUGGGGAUUUGGGGCCGGGUAUCCACUCCCCCCACAUCCCAGUCUUUUAAAAAGCCUUCUCUGGCACGGGGCCGGGGCAGAGGCCAGCAGAGAACUGGACGGGGCCCAGGGGAGGGGAGCAGGGACAAUGAUGGACCAGGAAGAGAAAGAGGAUGGGGGUUUGGCCCCCUGUGUCAAGGCAGGCUCCCCAGACCAGGAGGGCUUCUUCAAUCUUCUGAGCCACGUGCAGGGUGACCGGAUGGAGGAACAGCGCUGCUCGCUGCAGGCAGGGCCAAGCCAGACCUCCGAGAGCCAGAGCGGCCCCCCACCUGAGAUGGACAGUCUCAUGGACAUGCUGGCCAGUACCCAGGGCCGUCGUAUGGAUGACCAGCGCGUGACAGUCAGCGCCCUGCCUGGUUUCCAGCCCGUGGGCCCCAAGGACGGAGUGCAGAAACGAGCGGGGACCCUCAGCCCCCAGCCCCUCCUCACCCCCCAGGACCCGUCUGCUCUCAGCUUCCGUCGGAACAGCAGCCCCCAACCCCAGACACAAGCCCCCUGA